GCAGCUUCUCUCCGCUGGAGCCGCCAGGCAGAAGCCGUGGCUGCCGAUCCCCGCGGACUGACAGUGGGCGGGGAGCGGAACGCGGGAGCCCGGCGCGCGUCGCCAGACAAGUGUUUUUGUACGAGGCCGCGGCGCCUGCCUGAACGCAGAGUGCACGGGAUGCGAGCGGCUGCAGCGGCUGUGCCAGGAGGACCCGAGCGCCGUUGACCUGAGCGAGGGGACACACUCCCCCGGGUCGUCUGAGUGCGGGGGAGGGGACGGCGGGAGCGCGAGGCGCACGCCGGGCGGGGCAGGGGGUCAGUGAUGACCGGGCGCGCGGGGAGGCAGCACGCCGCCGCCGCCGCCGCCCGGAGCAUCUGCCGCCUGAGCUGCGGAUCGCGGCCACCGCCCGGGCCAUGGAGACGCUGAACGGCCCCGCGGGCGGCGGCGCCCCGGACACCAAGCCGCAGCCUGCCGGCCAGCAUCACCGCCACCACCACCUGCACCCGCUGGCCGAGAGGAGGCGGCUGCACCGUGCACCCUCGCCUGCCAGACCGUUCCUCAAGGACCUGCACACGCGGCUCGCCACGGCCACCCCCUCUGCGGGCCGAGCCUCGACUCCUGCCGCUCCUCGCUCGCCUAGCCUUGCCGGGAAGGCGCCGCCGUCGCCCGGGCCCCCGGCCGCGCCCGGUCGCCUUUCCCGACGCAGCGGCGUAGUCCCCGGCGCGAAGGACAAGCCGCCGCCGGGUGCCGGAGCCAGGUUGGCUGGCGGCGCCAAGGCCGCCCCGGGGACCAGGAGGGCGGCGCGCGCGGGGCCCGCGGAGCCACUGUCCCGGGUCGGGAAGCCGGUUGGGGCCGAGCCACCGCCUGCCGUCGCGAAGGGCCGCAAAGCCAAGCGGGGCCCCGGGACGCCUCCAUCUCGCGCCGUCGUGACCCCGGCUCCCGCCGUCCGGGUCCCUGCCGUGACCCUCUCUGUGACCUCGGUGGCUGGCUCUCGUAUCAGCCACACGGACAGUAGUUCGGAUCUCUCUGACUGCGCCUCCGAACCCUUGUCUGAUGAGCAGCGUCUGCUCCCCGCUGCCAGCAGCGACGCCGAGUCGGGCACCGGCUCCAGUGACCGGGAACCCCUGCGCGGAGCACCCACUCCGAGCUCCGGAUCUCGCGGGCCGCUGCCGGGCAGCCCGGAGCCCCCUACGCUGCUCGCGGCGCCCCCUGUCGCCAGUGCCUGUCUCGGGGGCCGUAGCAGCCCAGGCGGGGCCCCCUCAGGGUCCCCGGGACUCGGUUCUCAGGAGGAUGUUGGGGGCCGAGUGCCACCGGAGCGGACUAUUCUCGGGACCCUCAAGGAUUCUAGCUUGGGCGAACAGCCCCGGCUCUUGGUGGUGGCAGAGGAAGAGGAGCUGCUGAGAGAGAUGGAAGAACUGCGCUCGGAGAACGACUACCUCAAGGACGAGCUGGAUGAACUUCGAGCAGAGAUGGAGGAGAUGAGAGACAGCUAUCUGGAGGAGGACGGUUACCAGCUGCAGGAGCUCCGGAGAGAGCUGGACCGUGCUAACAAGAACUGCAGAAUCCUGCAGUACCGACUCAGGAAGGCUGAGCAGAAAAGUCUGAAGGUGGCAGAAACAGGGCAGGUGGACGGGGAACUUAUCCGAAGCCUGGAGCAGGACUUGAAGGUAGCCAAAGAUGUGUCUGUCAGAUUACACCAUGAACUUGAGACCGUGGAGGAGAAGCGUGCUAAAGCUGAAGAUGACAAUGAAACGCUCCGGCAGCAGAUGAUCGAGGUGGAGGUAUCCAGACAGGCCCUCCAGAAUGAGCUGGAGAGACUGAAAGAGAGUUCUCUGAAGAGAAGAGGCAGCCGGGAACUGUACAAAGAGAAGAAACUUGUUAACCAGGAUGACAGUGCGGAUUUGAAGUGUCAGCUUCAGUUUGCCAAAGAGGAAGCUUCCCUGAUGCGCAAAAAGAUGGCCAAGUUGGGGCGGGAGAAGGACGAGUUGGAACAGGAAUUGCAGAAGUAUAAGUCCCUCUAUGGUGAUGUGGAUAGUCCCCUCCCAACAGGGGAGGCUGGAGGUCCCCCCAGCACCAGGGAGGCAGAGCUGAAGCUGAGGCUGAAGUUGGUGGAGGAGGAAGCCAGCAUCUUGGGCCGGAAGAUCGUGGAACUGGAGGUGGAAAACCGUGGCCUCAAAGCAGAGAUGGAGGACAUACGGGUUCAGCAUGAGCGAGAGGGAACAGGCAGGGACCACGUGCCAAGCAUCCCUACCUCACCCUUCGGAGACUCAAUGGAGUCCUCCACAGAGCUCCGCCGGCACCUACAAUUUGUGGAAGAAGAGGCUGAGCUGCUUAGGAGAUCCAUAUCAGAGAUUGAAGACCAUAAUCGGCAGUUGACCCACGAGCUGAGCAAGUUCAAGUUUGAGCCUCACCAGGAGUCAGGGUGGCUUGGGGAUGGUGUAUCUAAGGGCCCUGGGGCCAGUGUUCCCCUGCAGGAGGAGCUGAAGUCAGCCAGGCUACAGAUCGAUGAGCUGAGUGGGAAGGUACUGAAGCUGCAAUGUGAGAACCGGCUGUUGCUGUCCAAUGCCCAGCGGUGCGACCUUGCUGCGCAUCUGGGGCUACGUGCUCCGAGCCCCCGAGACAGUGACGCAGAGAGUGACACGGGCAAGAAAGAGAGCGAUGGGGAGGAGGGCCGCCUUUCCCAGCCAAAGCGAGAAGGCCCUGUGGGUGGGGAGAGUGACUCGGAGGACAUGUUCGAAAAGACCUCAGGCUUUGGAAGUGGAAAGCCUUCAGAGGCGAGUGAGCCAUGUCCGUCAGAACUCCUAAGGGUCCGGGAGGACACCGAGUGCCUGGUGACCAUAAAGCUGGAGGCCCAGCGGCUUGAGCGGACUGUGGAGCGCCUCAUCUCUGACACAGAUGGCUUCAUCCAUGACUCAGACCUGCGGGGCAAUGGAUCAGCCUCACCUGGAGUCCAAGGUGAAGGUGAGGGCAAAAGCCCGAAUGAGCCCCAUUUGUUGGAGACCAUCAAUGUGAGGAUGAAGGCUUUCAGGAAAGAACUGCAGGCCUUCCUGGAGCAGAUGUCCCGGAUUGUGGAUGGUCUCUCGCCCUUAUCCCACCUCACAGAGUCAUCCAGCUUCCUCUCCACUGUGACUUCUGUGUCCCGAGACUCCCCCAUCGGGACCCUGGGGAAGGAGCUGGGCCCAGACUUGCAGUCCAAACUGAGAGAGCAGCUGGAAUGGCAGCUCAAUCAGGAUCGAGGGGAUGAGCGAGAGGGCCUACGCCUCCGAGCCACUCGGGAGCUGCAUCGUCGAGCUGAUGGGGAUUCCGGGAGCCACGGGCUGGGAGGCCAGAGCUGUUUCAACCUAGAGAUGGAGGAGGACCAUCUCUACGCCCUGCGGUGGAAGGAACUGGAGAUGCACAGCCUGGCCCUACAGAACACCCUUCACAAGCGAACCUGGAGUGAUGAGAAGAAUAUGCUGCAGCAAGAGCUCCGGUCCUUGAAGCAGAACAUUUUCCUCUUCUAUGUCAAGCUCAGGUGGCUGCUGAAACACUGGCGCCAAGGGAAGCAGAUGGAGGAGGGAGGAGAGGAUUUCUCGGAGAGCGAACAUCCAGAGAAUGUGCCUGGGCUUGCUGAGCUUGGAGUCCAGGGCUGUCACCAGAGAGAUGGGACAGAUCAAGAGGACGCUGACCAAGGCUGUGGCCUUCCCAUGGGAGAGCAUGUCCCACACUCCCCGGUACAGAUCAGCGAACAUGGAUCACGGCUGCAGACUGCAGAUGGGGUACCACUCAAUAAACAGGUGGUGGAAAACCAGCAGCUCUUCAGGGCCCUCAAGGCCCUGCUGGAAGACUUCCGUUCGGAGCUGCGCGAAGAUGAACAUGCGCGGCUGCGGCUACAGCAGCAGUACGCCAGCGACAAGGCUGCGUGGGAUGUGGAGUGGGCUGUGCUCAAGUGCCGCCUAGAACAGCUGGAAGAGAAGACUGAGAAAAGCUUGGGAGAGCUGGACUCCUCUGCUGAGGGCAAAGGGGCCUUGAAGAAGGAGAGAGAGGUACACCAGAAACUGCUGGCUGACAGCCAUGGACUGGUCAUGGACCUGCGCUGGCAGAUCCAUCACCGAGAGAAGAACUGGAACCGGGAGAAGGUGGAGCUGCUGGAGCGUCUAGACAGCGAGCGGCAGGAGUGGGGGCGGCAGAAGGAGGAGCUCCUAUGGCGGGUGGAGCAGUUACAGAAGGAGAAGAGUCCCCGGAGAAGCGGCAGUUUCCUCUGCAGCCGAAGAGAAGAUGACACCCAGACUUACCCACACCAAGGGAGCCUACACCCAUCCCGACCUGUGUCCAUGUGGCCCUGUGAAGACACUGACUCCAUUUCAUUUGAAGACCGGCCGCUUUCCAAACUGAAGGAAUCAGACAGAUGCUCAGCCAGUGAGAACUUGUACUUGGAUGCUUUGUCCCUGGAUGACGAUCCAGAGGAUCCGCCACCCCUCAGGAACUGCCUUGCCAAGGAAGAAGAAAGUCGCAAGGGAAAUCUUCAAAGGGCUGUCUCUGUGUCCUGUAUGUCUGAGUUCCAGCGUCUGAUGGACGUCUCUCCGUUCUUGCCUGAGAAGGGCCUACCAUCUGCCAGCAGCAGGGAGGAUGUCACUCCACCCUUGUCUCCUGAUGACCUGAAGUACAUCGAGGAGUUCAACAGCAAAGACUGGGACUACACAUCCCCCAGAGCUGGGGCCGAUCGGCCUCCAGACCUCUGGGAAGACAGGACCGAGGUGGGGAGGGGAGGGCAUGAGGCCACCCCAGAGCCUUGUCCCGACUCCUCCUGGUACCUGACCACAAGUGUCACCAUGACUACAGACACCAUGACCAGCCCAGAGCACUGCCAGAAACAGCCACUGCGGACCCAUGUCCUCACUGAGCAGUCUGGGGUGCAUGUGCUGCACAGCCCGCCUGCCAUUCGCCGGGUUGACAAUAUAGCGUCAGGUGGUGAGGGCAGGAGCCGAGUGGACCCUGAGGGCCCCUUUCCUAUGAGCAGAGCAAGAGGGAACCUGGCAGAUGCCAAAGGAGGUCAUCCAGAACCUAUGCUCAACAGGUGGUCUUGCACCCCACCCAGACACCCCCGAGACUGUGUGGAGGGGUCUCUCUGCCCCCUUGACAGACCCAUCUGCCCCUCCCUGGGAUAUGCCUCCACUUUGAACAGCCUGGAUAUGUCUAAGAACAUGAGUGAUGACAUGAAGGAGGUAGCCUUUUCUGUCAGGAAUGCCAUCUGCUCUGGUCCUGCCGAGCCACCAGUCAGGGAUAUGGCCUGCCAGACCAAUGGGUCCAGGACAGCAGGGACACAGACCAUCCAGACAAUCAGUGUGGGCCUGCAGACUGAGGCCCUACGUGCCAGUGGCGUCACCAGCAGUCCCCACAAGUGUCUCACGCCAAAAGCCGGAGGUGGCACCACACCCGUGUCUUCUCCUUCCCGCAGCCUUAGGAGCAGACAGGUGGCCCCUGCCAUUGAGAAGGUGCAGGCCAAGUUUGAACGCACCUGCUGCUCCCCAAAGUAUGGUUCUCCCAAACUUCAGAGAAAGCCCCUCUCAAAAAAUGACCAGCCAAAUAGCAGGACCUCACCAGGCAUGCCCCAGAAAGGGUUCAGCGAGUCAGCCUGGGCCCGCUCUACCACCACAAGAGAGAGCCCUGUGCACACUACCAUCAAUGAUGGCCUCUCCAGCCUCUUCAACAUCAUCGACCACAGUCCUGUCGGGGUGCGGGCUGGGAGCCGAUCUCGAUCAGCAGAACCUCGACAGGAGCUGGGUCCAGGCCAGGAAACAGGCACCAGUUCCAGAGGAAGGUCGCCUAGCCCCCUAGGGGUAGGCUCAGAAAUAUACAGGGAGGAUGGGGGAGAGAGCACACCAGUGAGACAGGACUUAUCUGCACCCCCUGGCUACACACUCACUGAGAAUGUGGCCCGGAUCCUCAACAAAAAGUUGUUGGAGCAUGCCUUAAAGGAGGAGAGGAAGCAAGCCACCCAUGGCUCCUCAGGUCUCACCAAUGACAGCCACACAGGAGAAGCAGUGCCAGCUGAACCAGGAUCCAUGGAGAACCAAACUGUCUUACUAACUGCCCCAUGGGGACUCUAGCCCUGCCUGCCUCACACUGAACUGCCUUGUUCUGCGCUCGCGCCCUCCCUAGAGCCCUGCUUCUCCAGGCCAGAGAGACCAGCAAACCGCCGCCUUCCAUCCCGUUGGGCCCCACCUUCCCCCACUGCCUCACAGUCUCAGUCACCCGGAGACCCAGUGUCCUUGGAGGAACGCGGUGAGGAGGACCCGACAGAGGAGAAGCUGCACCUGCGACAGGAUGCAAGCUUGCAUGGAUGAUCACCGGGAUAAUUCACUGUAAUUUACAUAACCAGACCAUCACCACCAUCCACCAACCUCUGCCCCAAAGGAAAGAUGUAGCUCUCUCAAAGUCAAAGGAUGCUUUUAAAACACACACGGCUACUGAAUGUUCAACCUGGUAAACUGAGAUGUUUCGGGAAUGAAACAGUAAACGUGCCUGUAAUAAUUUUUUUCAUAGCUCAGAAAACUAUUUUUGUCUCCAUCUUUUUUACACACGAUAUAUUAAACAAAAAGGUAAAUAAGGUAUAAAUAGAUUUAAAGAGUUUUAAAAUGUACAUUUUAAGAGAUUUUCAAACACCCUUGUUCUCAGUUCCGCCUGCCUGUUGAAUUUGCACUGUUCCAUUCUGGUUGGGUUUCUCCAUGCUGAGUUCAGAGUGUUCUAAGUUAAAUUUUAUUUCGUCCAGUCUUAAUUUUUUUUUUAGGAGUCUUUCUUAAUGCUUCAGACUGUCUAACUCAGUGAACUUUUUGUAGUGAAAAGGCCAGAAGGCCAGAAGACAAGAGUGUCCGUAAUCUGGAAGGAUGCAGGUCAACAUUUCUGAAAAGGUACAGAGCCCUUCAGAUGGACUCUGCGUGACCCAUCUACCCAGCCUGACCGCACAUCCUUGGGCACCUGUACAUAAACUGCCCUGUCCCUGCCCUCGCCUGCGUGUGCGUUGGUCCGGUCCACUGUAACUCAUUGUGAAGUUCCUUGUACUGUAUGUACUGUUGCUGUUGGUCCCUUGUACCAAUGAGACAACAGCGCCAUUUUUAAAUUAUUGUUAAAACAUUACCUGAUGGUGUACAAAGCUCACUCGACAUUUUCUUGUUUAAGGAAAAGCACUACAGAAAAUCCGGAGGAGAUCAAACUGAGACAGACAAAGGUGCCUCAGGGUCUUCCUGAGACCAUGGUGAAAUGGAAAUAAAGUCCUUACAAGGAAGAAACA